AUAAGAUACUAUUUGUGUUGAGACUGGAUAUUUGUUGAUUAAAUUGCUAGAAAUGGCGCUUAACAUUUAUUAAUUGUAUUUUUUUUACAGCUCCAUCUGCUGGACUCUCUAAAACUAGGCGGGUUGCACACAAAGACCAUACCUAGCUGCCGGUUUUGGUGGAAGCAAAAUGUCGAGAGGGCAAGCUCAUCUAUCCCCUUAGUCAAGGGAAGAUAUGACCUAGCUGCCGCUCUGCUGAGCAGGGAAGAAAUGGCCUCUCGCAGACAGCUCCAACCGGUGGCUAUUGGGGGUACUAGUGCAGCAGCUGCCAGCAGUUCAGCUCCUCCUCCACAUCGUGCACCGAUGCCCACCGCGGAAUGGUGGGAGAUUGAAGAUUUGACUAGCCUUUCGCUAGGGCAGGUAAAAUGUUUUCUUCCUCCCUAACUAAGAUAGUGCAUUGGUAGACUUGGAUGAUAUAGUAACCUAAAUAUUUCACCACAUAUGUGUAGCUUAAGGGAUUGAAGGAAAUGACUGAGAGCAUGAUUGAAAAGUGGGUGGCUCGAAGGGACAAGGUCCAAACGAUUGUCCAGAUUUUGGAAGAGCAAGAGUGAAUUUGAUCUACUGUUUUCUGUUGUUUGGUGGGGGGUUGUACUUUUUUCCUGGAAUUUGUUGCCAUGUUGGAAUGGCUUUGGAUAUUAGUCGGAUUUUAGUUUGUUGCUCUGGAAUAUUUGUUGGUUUAAUUUGGAUAUGAGCUUGUGGUUUCUUUUCAGUUUAGAAUACUGUUGUGUGAGGUUUGGAUAUUAAUGUUAUUUUUUUGGAUAUUAAUGCCAACUUGAAUAUUUGUACGCUCUCUUGUGAUUCUGUUCUGGGUACAUGUGAUUAUUGCACAAGCAGUUUGGAUACUAUACUGGAUACAUGUGCGUUGAUUGUUUUUAAUUUGCGCAAAAUGUUCGUUGUCUUCCAGCUUAAGGUACUAGGUGGUUCGAUUGACCGACAUUUGGGAAAAUUGGUGGACUUUGCCAAAAAACUGGGACAGAUGGUAGAAAAGAGUGAGGAGCAGGUCGAGCCACAAGUGGAGAAAACUGGAGAGAUGUGUGCAGAAGAUCCUGAAGAGAAGAAUAGAUUUGAGGUGGUGGAGAAUCAAGCUGAGAAGACUGUAGAGACACCGGACGAGGAGGUGUUUGAGUCGCCAGUCCCUAUGGUGAUACACUAUACAGUCCCAGAUACCUCUUUUGGGGACAUUUUGCAGAUAGCUCAUGAGGCUACUAGCGCUGCUAAUGCCGAGGAAGAAGACCCACCUACAGAUGUGGUGGAGUCGUUCUCUCAACUUGCAGAGAUGGGAAUGUUGCCUACAGACGAGGAGUUGGUAGAAUCGGCUUGUAAGAGCGCUGAGAGGAGUCCAGAUCUGAUUAUCACGGAUGAGAGGAAUAUGAAUGACGAGGAGAGAGACCGUCUGUACAGCUACACACCUGAGGAAUGGCUUGCAACACUAAAGACCCCCGAGUUUGAGAGGUCGAAGAAGAACCCAUAUGCUUCUUCAUCAGUAUAUUAUUUGUCGAAGGAAGUGUCGCCAAAGCUCGACCCAGUUGCUCGUCUUAUGGUUGAGUUCGUCUUCCGUACCCCUGAGGGUAAGGGCUUGGUGGUGCACACUCCUUCAGUUAAACUUGCCCGUCUUCAUCUGUUGACAUUGAAGCGAUUAGAGUGGGUCAAUGUACAAGUGAUUGAGGCUUAUGGUCAUUUCUUGAACGACAAAGCACUUGCCGGUGACAAGAAACGAGUUAUCUUUCCGUUCACUUUUGGAGUAAGUAGGCUCUUCACUCACACCUUACAAUUUUUAGAUAUUCAGUAACUAAUUAGCUAUUAUUUUACUUUGCAAACAGCAACUUGCCAUACUUAAUUCUCAGACGAAUGUGCCCCCGUCCAAGGAGAGACUCGAUGGUGUCAUUGAACUGACCCAGCGGCGGUUUCCAGUCUCCAAACAAGUUGCAUGGGACAAAGUAGAAUAUGUAAGUGAAGACUUAUUCUAUGUCGAUACUGAUUUACGUGGUUUUGGAUACUAGUCUGGGUUUAUUGGAUAUUUAUUCGAGAGAAUAACUGAUUUGUUUGAAGAUUUGCCUGUGAAUAUCUGAAAUGUUAGUUUUGGAUACUAGUCUGGGUUUAUUGGAUAUUUAUCCUAGAGAAUAACUGAUUUGUUUGAAGAUUUGCCUGUGAAUAUCUGAAAUGUUAGUUUUGGAUACUAGUCUGGGUUUAUUGGAUAUUUAUCCGAGAGAAUAACUGAUUUUUUUCUAUGUUUCAGAUUUUUUUCCCUGUGCAUACAGACAAACACUACCGGGUCUACGCUGCUGAUCUAAGGAGUCGGAAGACUUUCCUUCUGGACAGCAUGAAACCCAAGCCAGCAAUGGCCAAGGUGGAUCACUCUCCCAUGGGGAAAUUGAUAUUUGAGUAUGGGGCUGCUUUCCUUGCAAAGCAUAACAUCGAUUUUCCCUUGCAUGAUUAGGAAUUCUUAAUUGCGGAUGUUCCUCAACAAAAAGGAAACGAUGAUUGUGGAGUGUUUGCAUGCAUGUUCAUGGAGCACUGGGCGGGUCACAUUCCAUCGGAAUACAAGGAAACUUGGCACUUGGAACCGCACGUGGAGCACCAGCGAGCAUCUAUUGCAGGCAGUCUCCUUCAAUGGAAAUACAACAAAGUGAGGAAUGUCAUACUUGAGGAGGCAAAUGAGUGGGCAGCAUAUAAGGAGAAAGGGAAGAGGAGCUGAAACUAUGUGAUUGGGUUAUUUUGGGAAGUUUUGGAGAAAAGGAGACACUAACUCUAUCUUGAUUGUUAUUCUUAUUAGUUUAAGGUGAUUGGGUUAUUUUGGGAAGUUUUGGAGAAAAGGAGACACUAACUCUAUCCUAAUUGCUAUUCUUAUUAGUUUAAGGUGAUUGGGUUAUUUUGGGAAGUUUUGGAGAGAAGGAGACAUAGUCUUUUAUCAAGGAUGGAUUAAGAAUAUCUUUCAUUCAACAAAAGUAUAGCAUAUGA